UUAUGUUUUUUUACUAACAAGCUGAUUUAUGUUUUUUUACUAACAAGCUGUUUUAUGUUUAUAUGUCAAUUAAAUCUAGAUCGUUAGAUUCAGCUCUAAAUGUAAAAUAGUAAUCCACAUAAUUAAUUAACUAUACAAAACUCAAAAUACAUACGACGGUUAGUAGAUCCGCCACACAGUAUUAUCAAACAGUGACCCAGGUUUAAGAAACAAUAACCCAAACUACUCGUAACGUUUAGCAAAAAAAAAAAAAAAAACGUCAAUUAUAUCAUAUAAUAAUAUAUAUGUAUGAAAAUUGCGUGAAUGUAUCCUAGAUGGCACGCAUCCCCAAACCCUAUAUAAAUAAUGUAUGUAAGUAUGUCCAAAUAUAUUGAGGCACCCAACUUCCUAAGCGAGGUGGAAACACAAGAUCCCACUAAAUCCGUUAAUGUCUUGUGACUCACAGCCAACACAAAUAGGUCACUACAUUAAAUAAACUAUAUAUAACUAUGCCUAACAAGGUCACUGACAUGCAUUUCCACCGAGAAGAAGAAGAAGAUGCUGGAGCGAUCAGAAGAUCAUCCUCAAGAACACCGAGAGGGCAUUUCGUGGUUUACGUUGGUACGAAGUUGGAAAGAUUUGUGGUCCCCACAAGGUUUCUGAAGAGCCCUUCGUUUCAGAAUCUUCUAGAAAAGGCUGCCGAGGAGUUCGGUUACGCGGAGGCUCACCCUAAUAAGAUUGUCUUGCCCUGUGAUGUCUCUACUUUCCGAAGUCUCGUCAUGUUCCUGACUUCUCAUGACAAGUAACGCAUAUAUCUGAUGUGUUAUAAUUUAAAUAUUGUGUUGUACCAUUGGAUCUUAAUUAAUCUGCGAGUGUAAGUUCUUUGUUUAUCAUAUGUUGAACAUUAUCUUAACGCG